AACCUGGAUUUGUGCAUAGCAUCGCGGUACUGUCAUUGUCCGGCAGCCAUAUUUUGUUUUCUUCAAUCGCCCUUUGCGAGCGAAUUGGCUUUUAUUUUUGGAUUAUUUUACGUGAAAUCCAUGACAUUUGUCGAAAUGUGGUGAUUCGAGAGGUAGCAUUGUGUUCGAUAAUUGUGAUUCACGCAAAGUGCACCCGGUACGAUGCGGAAAACGUGUGCAAAUGCGAAUGUGUUUUCCCAUGGGAACUAGAGUGGUGUACAUCAAACGCCCGUGUGAAAACAACUCACCUUCCGUAGCGCCGAACCCUUUUUUGCUCCCAUCUGCAAACGCCUGCAGGUCUUUCUGCAGUCCUUUCAGUAGUCGCACAUCAGAAGCAGCCCGGUACCGCUAACCCCGGAACGACGAACGGCGGCAUCACAAUGAAUAUGCGGCCAUUGAAGCGGCCGCGCCUGGGCCCACCGGAUGUGUACCCGCAGGAGGCGAAGCAGCGGGAAGAUGAGCUAACGUCCACGCACGUCAAACAUGGUUUCGCGACCGAACACAAACUUUCCGAAGAGUUUGGCACCGCGCGCAACUGCAACGUUUCCGCGAGCAAGGUCGGUGCCUACUUCAAUGCGAUCCUUGCCAAGAAGGAGGAGCUCAUGACGCUGCCGGAUUCGGGCCGCAAGAAGCAGCAGAUCAAUCCGAAGGACAACUUCUGGCCGGUGACGGCCCGCAACAAGACCACCCUGGAUACGUGGUUCAAGGAUCUGGCCGGCACGAAACCGCUGAGCAGUCUGGCGAAGAAGGCCCCGUCCUUCAACAAGAAGGAGGAAAUCUUUGCCAUGCUGUGCGAAAACCAGGUCACGAUGCAGCGGGCCGCUUGGUUCAUCAAGCUCAGUUCCGCCUACACCGUGGCGGUUUCGGAGGCAAAGAUCAAGAAGCGUCAGAUGCCCGACCCGGCGACGGAAUGGACGGGAACGAUGAUAAAGUUCAUGAAGGAUCUUAUUCCCAAGCUGCACGAACACUAUCACCAGGGCCCGCUGCAGGAGAAACCGUCGUCGGGUGGUGCGGGAAGCUCGGGCGGGCUGGGCAGCGGGGCCAGCGGGCUCGGGCUAAGCUCCGGAGCGGGUGGAACCAAUGCGGUAACGAUUCCACCGCCCCUGUCCAGCCCGGCAGGCAGCAUGCACAGUCCGGCCGGUGGAAAUCCGGUCGUCGGCGGCUCGAUGCAUGCCCAGCAGCAGCAGCAGCAGCAGCAGCAACAGCAGCAGCAACCGAUUUCGCCCCAAGAGGAGCAGCGCAUCGCCCAGAAGCAGUGGAACUACAGUACGCAGCUUUGCAAGUACAUGUACGAGGAGGGUUUGCUGGACAAGCAGGAAUUUCUCAACUGGAUUAUCGAUUUGCUGGAAAAAAUGAAGUCUUCCCCGAACGCGGACGAUGGGUUGCUGAGAAUUUAUCUUCCCCUGGCAAUGCAAUACCUGUACGACUUGGUACAAUCGGAGCGGUUCUGCCGUCGGUUGGCGUAUGCGGUGUCGAAAAAGCUCGCCCAGCUCAUAAACCAGAUGGCCGAAAGCCACAACAUCAAUCUGAGCUCUCCCGAACCGCAGGAUGCUAGCGGGAAGCAACCGUCGAUCGAAGCGCCCGAAAGCAAGUCCGAGAAGCAGAACGACAAGCCGUCGAAAGAGGGCACCGCCGGUACAGUGGCACAACCCGCGGACACCAAACCGCCGAAGGUGAACCCGUACGAAAUGAUUUUCACCGAGUAUCUGCAAUGCUCCCACCAUCGGGACGUGAUACUGCAGCUGUCGUCCAUUCUGCAGGUCAUCACACUCGAGUGUCCCACCGCACUGGUGUGGUGUGGCGUCGGGGAAACUCGCUCCUCGUCGGUGCUUUCGGGAAGUCCGCUGGACCAUCUGCCGGUCGCACCAUCCGCACUACCCAUACCGACGCGAUACGAAAAAUCCAACGAAGACAUACGCCGCCAGCUGUUCGAGGCGGAAGAAAGCAUCAAAGUGCGCUCCCGGCAUGCGGAGUCGCGGUGGUGUAUCGACAAGUGGCAGACGGCUGCGGGAAACGCGAGCCUGAAGAUACUGGCCACACUGGACGCGCUCGAUGGGCAUUGUUUCGAUCGGAUGGAUUCGAACAAUUCGCUCGAUUCGCUGUACUCGAAGAUAUUUCCCCCGUUCCAGGUGCAACCGCUCAAACCGGCCGAAAGCGCUUCGGCAGCCGGUGGCAGUGGUGGCAGCGGGACGGGCAACAUGCCAUCCGGGCUCGCUGCAGUCGACGGGAAGGAUGCGGCAACAAAGCAGUUUGAAUAUAAUGUCGAACAAGAUUCCUCGAUCGUGAAGAUUCUGUGCGAAUGGGCCGUAUCGUGGCAGCGGUGGGGAGAGCACCGGGCAAUGGUGGUGGCCUGGCUGCUGGACAAGCGACAGAACGAGGUGCUGACGGCGCUGGAAAACGAUAGCUACACCAACAACCUGAACAAUUCCGACGACAAGGACUCGGUUCUGUCCGGCAGCGGCCUGAACGGUGGACAGCCCGUCUUUCAGCACAUCCUGAUGAAUUUCCUCGACCACGACGCCCCGGUGCUGGACGAAGCGGGCAGCCCGCAGAACAAAUCUCAGUUCACUAACCUCGUGCACCUGUUCAGCGAGCUGAUUCGGCACGACGUGUUUUCGCACGAUGCGUACAUGUGCUGUCUGAUUUCGCGCGGAGACCUGCUGACCGGUGCCGGUGGCAUGCUGUCGCUCGAUAGUCAAGGGAUCUGCAACGCUGGUCUAGGCACGGGGCCAAUCUCGAACAAACCGGCCACUAGCUCUUCCCCGAACGGUGGCGGCGGGGUGGAGGAUGAUGUGCUGCAGACGGAUUUUAAGGCCAAGCUGGAGGAUCUGGACGACUCGAAUGUGGACGACGAUCUCGACAAGCUGUUGCAGCACAUCAAAGAGGACCAGCAAAACUCCAUGGAUGCACCCGACAGUCCGAAGGAUCCGGAACAUGCGGCACCGUCAGUGACCGGUUUGGGAAAGGCAGAAUCAUCUAGUCGCCAUUUCCUGUACACCGAGCACUUCCCACUCUGCCAGGACGAUCCCAUUUCGCAGCACGACUGCAACCAGCGGUACAUCCUGCUGUACGGGGUGGGCAAGGAGCGGGACGAAAAGAAGCACGCGGUGAAGAAGAUGUCGAAGGAAAUCUGCAAGCUGUUCUCGAAGAAGUUCAGCAUCGACGUGGCCGAGGGCGGCAAGGUGAAGAAACAUUCGCGCAGUGAGUUUAACUUCGAGUCCACCUCGAACAAGUGCCAGGCGAUGUCGUACUUCGACCAGCACGUCGUCACGUGGCAGUGUGCGGUGCAGGUGCAGGAGAUGCUGAACGCGUUCGCCAUCGGCAACAGCAACUAUCUGCCGGUGCAGGAGCACGUGGCGUUUCUGUUCGAUCUGAUGGAGUCAGCGUUCAACAUCUACGGGCUGAUUGAUACCUGCAUUCAGAUUCUGCGCGAACUGCCCGAGGUCGAGCUGCAGCUGAUUGGCAAAAGCUCGAUGGCGCUCGUGCGCAGCUACACGACCUCGCUCAGCCUGUACGUGGUGGGCGUGCUGCGCCGGUACCAUUGCUGUCUGCUGUUGUCCCAGGAGCAAACGACCGCGAUCUUCGAAGGGUUGUGCCGGAUUGUGAAGCACGUGAGCAAUCCGAGCGACUGCAGCUCGGCAGAACGGUGCAUUCUGGCGUACCUGUACGAUCUGUACUCGGCCUGCUCGUCGCUCAAGGCGCGCCCGCAGCAGGAGCCGUUUCACAACGCUUACCCGAAGAUCAAGCAAGCGUUGUACACGCCGCUUCAGCCCACUCCAUCCGCGCACACGUACAACCCGCAGUUCAUGCUCGACAUCAUCACGAACCCGCGCCGCGGCGGGAAGAUUGAAAGUGGCUGGGCGAGGCAGCUGAACGAGUCCGCCUCCAAUCGGUACAGCUUCGUGUGCAAUGCCGUGGUGGCAGUGACGCGCGACAUCGACAACGACUGCCUGAACGACAUUGCGGCCAUGUGUGCGGAGCUGACGGCGUGCUGCAACUCGCUCAGCACCGAGUGGUUGGGCGUGUUGAUUGCGCUGUGCGGUUCCAACCGCGACGCCGGCUACUACGUGGACGUGCUGACGCAGGUGGACGUGCAGAACACCAACAUCCACAAUGCACUGUCCGUGUUUACGAGCAUUCUGGUGGCGAGACACUGCUUCUCGCUCGAGAACUUUGUGGCCCACGUAGCGCUACCGUCGCUGGUGCAGGCGUGCAAAGGGCGUGGGGAAACGACGCCCGAAAUUGAGGCCGGCGCCAGGCUGUCCUGCCAUCUGCUGCUACGCCUGUUCAAAACCAUCGAAUGUCCGCAGCCGGGCCUGUACUCGGUCAGCACGUCGCCCAAUCCGAUCACGGUCGGGAAUGCGCACAACAUUAAGCUGAGCUGCGAUCGGCACUUGCUCGCUGCGGCACACAAAAACAUCGGCGUAGCGCCGGUGCUGGCCGUGCUGAAGGGAAUUCUGGUGGUGGGCGAUGCAACGGCCCACAAGGUGUCGUCCAUCUUUGGCACCGGCAAGCGCAGCGGACUCAACACACCGGUCCACCCGGGCAGUACGCCGAAAAGUAUGGCCGGAUCGGGCGAUUUGAGUCACAUUCUCGGUACCAGCGACCUGUCCAUACUGGGGAACCCGGACGAAUCGAUGCUGGAUGUUUCGAUGAUCGAACUGGGGGAACUCUCUCCAACCGCCUCCGCUCGAUUAUACUCUAGCAGGCAACAAAAUUCGCAUCUCAAUCAGGACAAUGCGACAAGCCUGUCGGAUUUCGCCCAGCAUGUACUGCGCCAAAUCUGCUCCCAGGAAUGGGUCCUAGAACGCUGCCUGCAGCAUGCGGAAGAACUCUGCCAGCACGGUAUGCUGAUCGACAAUCUGUUGACAGCAAAGCAGGCGCAACGGUUGCUGCACAUGAUCUGCUAUCCGGAGCACGAGUCGAAUCUGAUUGCCGAGCUCGAGCAGAAGGCGAUCAUU